UAAUAAUAUGAUAGAUAGAUAUGAUUUCGUAAAAGCGUGUGAAAAUUUUGAUUAAUUCCAAUUUCAGUUCAAAUCCCACAUAGAUCUCUGUUUCUCAGCAGCGUCGCUAGGAUCAUUCAUUCACUCAGCGAUUCUUCCAAUGCUUUUCUGAAUCAUCUGUACUCUCGCAUCACUCAUGGGUUUGAAAUCAAACCCUGCGGGUUUCAUCACCCGCCUGCUUCUCGUCUCCACCAUAUUCUUCUUCAUCUUCGCUUCUGCAAUCUCAGCGCAGGAUUCGUUGGUUGAUAAUGAGAAGCAGGAAUCAGAAGGAUCUGGUAAAGAGCUAGGCCGUCGUGGAAUGAUUGGCGCUGAACGAAUUGGACUUGAUGAUGCUGGCGACAAACUUGGUGCUCUUGGUUUAAACCUCGAGUCCACUGGCCCUGGUGUGUUUGAUGCAUUGUUCUCGAGUUUCUCCAUGAUUCUUGUGACCGAGAUUGGAGAUGAGACGUUUAUAAUUGCGGCACUGAUGGCUAUGCGGCACCCCAAAGCUACUGUGUUGUCUGGUGCAUUGUCAGCUUUGUUUGUUAUGACAAUACUUUCCACUGGACUUGGUAGGAUAGUGCCAAACUUGAUAUCGAGGAAGCACACCAACAGCGCCGCUACAGUUCUCUAUGCAUUUUUCGGUUUGAGGCUACUCUACAUUGCUUGGAGGUCUACUGAUUCAAAGUCAAGCCAGAAGAAGGAAAUGGAGGAAGUUGAAGAGAAGCUUGAGUCAGGCCAAGGAAAGACACCCUUCCGUCGCUUUUUCUCAAGAUUCUGUACUCCAAUAUUUCUAGAGUCCUUCAUCUUAACCUUUCUCGCCGAAUGGGGAGACCGUAGCCAGAUUGCUACAAUAGCUUUGGCGACACACAAGAACGCAAUAGGAGUAGCCAUAGGAGCAUCAGUAGGACACACGAUCUGUACAUCACUGGCGGUUGUAGGAGGAAGCAUGUUGGCUUCAAGGAUCUCACAACGCACUGUCGCUACUGUUGGUGGCUUACUCUUCCUUGUCUUUUCAGUCUCUUCCUAUUUCUAUCCUCCACUAUAGUCAAAUUUGCAAAAUUUUCUGCAACGUAAAUGUGCUUUGCGAAAAUGGGUGUUAGAGAGACAUUAUCUUAAGUAAAGUAUUUCACUGUCUUUUUCGUUUUCCUUUGAUUUUUGUAUGAGUUCGAUUGAUAAACCAAGUAAAAUCCAAAGCCCAAUGCUUUUGCUUCAAUUGUAACACACUUAGUUUAAGUAAUUUUUGAAUGAUCCUUAUUAUUUUUAGCGAAGUUUUUGUUUUCACAAUAACUAUAAAA